UCACUAGGCUGAGACAGAUGUUUGUGGUGGCAGCCUGCUGCUGAUGCUGCUGCUGCUGCUGCUGAUGCUGCCGCUGCUGCUGCUGCUGCGUCCCUGCGCCUCGGAGCCGGCGAACAGCCGCCUCUCAUGUUUCUGCUCAGAGUUGCACUAAGCGCACGAUGCGGCUCCUCACCGUCUCAACUUUGCUCUUGCUCUUCUCCAGCUCAGGGCUGGCUCUGCAGAUCCAGUGUUACCAGUGUGAGGAGAUGACACACGACUGCUCCAGCCCCGAGUUCAUCGUCAACUGCACCGUGAACGUGCAGGACAUGUGUCAGAAGGAAGUCCUGGUGAAGGAAGACGGGAUACACUACCGCAAAUCCUGCGCCUCAUCCGGAGCUUGUCUCAUCGCGUCCUCUGGCUACCAACAGUUCUGCACCGGCAAGCUCAACUCGGUGUGCAUCACCUGCUGCAACACGCCGCUGUGCAACGGCCCGCGGCAGAAGAAGCGGCCGCCGCCCUCAGCUGCCAUGACACUGACCACGCCGCUUCUCCCCGUGUUCUCCCUCCACGCCCUCCUCUUCGUGCUGUCACACACCCUGUGCUGACAGUGAAGACGACGUGUCCCGCCGAAGACGUGAAUCAGAACUGCGUGAGCUGUGGCGUACAUACUUUCAAAAAAUGCACUGUAUAUUCUAAACGGCGUGCAGAUGCUUUGUACAGUGUUUGUGCUCUUACUUCUCCUGCUUUGUGUUGCUGCACGCUCUCAAAGUACAAACCUACACACACGCAGACACACAACACUGGGAAACUUCCUCUUCACGUGUCAUGUGAUCACAAGUGGAGCUGGGUCACGUUUGGCUUAUUUUCAAUUUGCUGAAAACAUCUGAGGCCCUGAAGAGGCUGAUGAAUUAAAAAGCCUCUGAUAUUUCAUGGCUGUUGAAUCGUAUUACAGUAAAAGCUGUGAAGGCCUUCAUCAUCGGGAUAAACAUACAAAAAGCCCUUUUAAACCCAGUGGUCAUGUGAUCAGAAAUGCAGUCACAUGAUCUCUGCAGACAGAUUCAAUAGCCAUGAAAUAUUGAAGGUUUUUUUCUCUUUAGCUGAGGUUAAAGAAUGUUUACCAUACCAUGUACAGUCAGUAGCACUCCCAGCUUGUUGUUUUUUGAAUUUCAAUGUAUGCUUAUGGUGAAAGCUUGUUUCGUUGUUACCAUGGUAACCACACACUAACCUCCGGCCAGCUCUUCACAGUGAUGCUCAUUCUGUGCCUAAACCAUGCGUACAAACAUUUUAAUGCACAACCGUGGGACUUAUCGAUUGUUCUUACCUAACUUUUAAUGAAAAUUCAACACUGCAUGUUCUUCCCGUGUGUGCGUGGGUUUCCUCCUGGUUCUCCGGGUUCCUCCCACAGUCCAAAAACAUGCAUUGGACACCCUAUGUCAGCGGGGAUUGGCACCAGCCACUCUGUGACCCUCAUGUGGAGGAUAAAACGGUAGACGAUAAAAGAAUGAAGUGACAAAAUGUAUUAAAUAACCAUGGAAUUGCUUCCCUUUCAUCCUUUCAUCAUUUAUUGUCAUAAUUAAACUGUAAUCACUAUAAGUUGAAGGAGGUUUUAAAUGUACUCUUAUUUCCGAGGAGUGCAGGAGAUGGAUGGUGUCAGUGUGUCGGCUGAAACAAUCUGGAGACUAUGUUUUGGUUUAAAUCUGACAAGAAGACAGUUACAAAUCAUGUCCAACAGGUGAGUAAGACUUACAUUUGUCAUUUCUGUCGCUCUGAUCGGAGUAUGAAUCAGGGUUUAAGGUGAGGAGGCAGGACAGUGCCAUAGAUCACACAGACCCGAGCUGUUUAUCAGACAUCAGGCGGCUCAUCCACGUGCUUUUUAGUUAUUAAUACUGCAAAUGUCAAACAGGAAGACAUACUGUCGGUGGAAUAAGUUAAGUCCAGAUUCAUCGCUCAUCCUCUGAACCCUUAGGGAAAUGAUCUCCAGACGACAUCACUCCAUGAUUUAUUCUAUACGAACACAUAUUUAUGAACUGAAUGAGACAUAAUGACAUGUAUAACAAUGAUAUUGUUUAAUGAUACUGGGUAAAAGGGGUGUUGGAUAAAGAAACAUGUAUAUACCAUGCAUGUGCUGUGCAUAAAGCAUGCUGAAAUAUACUGUUUUACACUAUUCUCCACAUAUACAACUGAAAUGACCCGUAUACACUGAGACGGAGCGACGGUAAUGAAGUAAGUGAUUGAGUGAAGACACAUGGAGAGGGUGGCCGAGUGUGACUGACUGACUGACUCCAAGGAACGGCAACAAUUAAUUGACUAUUAAUCAAGCUCUACAUUAAUCUUUAACUAUGUUUUUGGUAAUUGUUUUGAGUGGGUUGAUUUAAUUAAAUAAUAAACAAAAACAAACAAGUUA